AUGGAUCAAAGGUUUUCAAGCUGUCGUGGUGUUUCCUUUGAGAUCCAACCCCAUAAGGAUCCAUUCGCUAUUGAUGCACCUCGAGCUAGUCGACGAGUUUGGCUUCCAUGGGGAUCUUCAAAAAGAAUCGUACCAACUUCUGGUUCCAACAUUAUUUCCAGGUCCACCAGUCGAGCCAGUAGCCAUUUCUGCGACUUAGAGACUGAUGAUGAAGAUGAUGACAACGUACUGAUCAACAUAGAAGAAGGCUACGAAUUAGAAGACAACAACAAGUUGCCUUUAACAUUUCCAGUUCCAGAACUCCCCCAAGCUCCGAGCAAAAAGAUUGUUUCCAAGCCAACAAAACAGAACGAGUCGAGAUUGUCUGUCAUCUUGCUCGAUCAAGGCUUGUUUACGGUUUAUAAGAGACUCUUUAUGGUUUGUUUGACUCUGAACAUUACAGGGUUAGUUCUUGCAGCUAUGGGUCGUUUUCCAUACGCAAGAAACCAUGCCACUCUUUUCUCAAUCGGAAACCUUUUGGCUCUAACACUAUGUCGAAGUGAAGCCUUCUUACGCAUUGUCUUCUGGCUUGCUGUCAACCUCUUCGGCCAUUCUUGGGUGCCUCUACGUCUCAAAACGGCUACCACCUCUUUACUUCAAUCUUUAGGUGGGAUACAUAGUAGUUGUGGGGUUUCAUCCGUCGCUUGGCUUACCUAUUCUUUAGUUCUUACUCUGAAAGACAGAGACAACACUUCGAACGCGAUAAUUGGGGUGGCUUCAGCAAUUCUUUCCCUGCUUUGUCUGUGUUGUCUGGCGGCGUUCCCUCUCAUCCGCCACCUCCAUCAUAAUGUGUUUGAAAGAACUCACAGGUUCACGGGUUGGGCUUCCUUGAUUCUCCUCUGGGCAUUUAUCUUGCUCACAAAAACUUAUGAACCUGAGACCAGAUCUUACAGGAAAGAUGUAGGAUCAAGAUUGGUUAAAGAACAAGAAUUCUGGUUAACCUUGAUCAUAACCAUACUAAUCAUCAUCCCAUGGGUGACUGUGAGGCGGGUUGCCGUCAAAGUCUCAGCCCCAUCAGGCCAUGCGUCGAUCAUUAAGUUCACCGGAGGAGUAAAGCCGGGGAUAUUAGGUCGGAUUAGUCCUUCCCCAUGUCGGAAUGGCACGCUUUUGGAAUCAUUUCUGAUGGGAAAGAAGAGCACAUGA